GCCGAUGUUUCGCGUAAAAAUGUUGUAGGCUAGGCAUUUCCUGGUCAAAGAUACACAUAAUCAGAAGGAAGUUCAAAUGAAGAGAAGUUCGUGCACACGAUACAGUUAGAUGUUGGAGUCUUCCUCUGCUGUCAUGGAAGACUCGUUAGCCUAACGACAGCUGUCAUGCGAGGGUCCUAGCUGGCUAGCCAAUGUUUUCGAGCUGGAUUCGAAAUGAAGUUUAACCGUGAGCCACUUUUUAGAAUUGACAGAGCCCAUAACGUAAACUGAAAAAAAUGAAGUUUAUGAGCUCCAGGGGUGCUUUUACCGUGGGCUUCCUGGUCGGAACGUGCACGCUCUACGUGUUCCUUCAACAGGUGUGGUUUGAACGCAAGGCAUCCAUAAGACAGCCAGAGGAACGAAACUGGUUGAAGAAUCAGUCGGCACUUUUCAAUCUCAACCACCCACAUCAUACAGGAGAGGAUGGGGCGGUAGCCGACUCCUUGUAUAAGCGUGUGCGAGUUCUGUGCUGGGUGAUGACUGGCCCUGCCAACCUGCAGAAGAAAGCACGUCAUGUGAAGAACACUUGGAGCCGCCACUGUAACAUCCUCCUCUUCAUGAGCUCGGUGGACGACCCAGACUUUCCUGCCGUGGGACUGGACACCAAGGAAGGCCGCGACCAGCUCUAUUGGAAGACCAUCCGCGCCUUCCACUACGUGCUGGAAAAGCACGGCAACGAUGCAGACUGGUUUUAUAAGGCCGAUGACGACACUUACGUAGUCGUGGACAACCUGCGCUGGUUGCUGGCCAACUACUCGCCCGACGAGCCCAUUUACUUUGGCCGUCGGUUCAAGCCCUACGUGAAGCAGGGCUACAUGAGCGGAGGUGCCGGCUACGUGCUAAGCAAGGAGGCCCUGCGGCGCUACGUGGAGGGCUUCCGCACCAAAGUGUGCACGCACACCUCAUCCGUGGAGGACCUGGCCAUGGGCCAGUGUAUGGAGAAGAUGGGGGUGCAGGCAGGGGACUCCAGGGACACCCUGCACCGAGAGACUUUUCACCCAUUUGUGCCCGACCAGCACCUCACAGGGAAGUUUCCCAAGAGCUUCUGGUAUUGGAAUUACUGCUACUACCCAAUCGUGGAGGGGGCACAGUGUUGCUCAGAUCUGGCUGUUUCCUUCCACUAUGUGGAUGGCACCAUGAUGUAUCUUAUGGAGUACUACACCUACCAUCUGCGGGCGUAUGGCUAUCGCUACCGCUACCUGCCCCCAGUCCCCAAAGAGCUGUCCCUGGCCCCAGCAGAAGCAGACCAAAAAGCCUCCCACCCGAAUGCUGCUGCUGAGGCUGGGGCUGGGAAAUUAUAGAGUUGCCUUAAGGAGGUUCACAAUCAACACAAGCUGUUUUUGCUCUUUUGUAAUUAAGUAAAAGACUGUCAGGCCAAACGGGAGCCAAAUCUGACCACUCUUCCAGCACAUUGUAUCUUUUUGUUUACCAGAAUGACUGGGUUAUGACCGAGACUGUGAGAAUGGAUUGAUGUUUGGUAAUAAUUAUGAAUGGGUUCUGAUCUGUUUUUGUUUUUUAUUGCUCUAGAGCGUGCUUAGUUGCGCAUUAAAAUGAUCUACAUGCCGAUUGAUGAUGAAUGUGACUUGGUGGAAAAAUAUAUAAGUUAAGAGUGUUGCACAUAUGUCAGUGUGAAGACCUCAUGUAUGUUCCUUUACGAGUCCUACCCAUGUCAACAUCACAACAGUGACAAAGUCUGAUUGUGUCUUAACUUGUGUAGCAUUGUAUUGGUGCUGUUUGCAAGUCUUCUCUGGGAGUAAAAGGGAUCUGAAAAACAGAUUGACUGUUUUGCAAAUUUUAUGUACCCACUUUAAAGAAAUAAAAUCCAGUCUCCAGCCCA